AUGACGACGAAACACAUCCUCGUGGUCGGUGCAGGCGCUGUGGGGUGCUUCUAUGCGAGCAAAUUGGAUCGAACACAUGCCAAGGUUGGCUUGGUAUGCCGCUCCAACUACCAGGCUGUGCAUGAUGAGGGUGUGAACUUGGAGACGCACAGUUUCGGCAACUACCAUUUCCAGCCGGACUUUGUGUUCCCCUCCACGGAGGCGGCAAAGGACACGACGUGGGACUACGUGGUGGUAGCGACCAAGGCAUUGUCUAUGGACUCAAAUGUGGCGAAGUUCAUUGCGCCAGUGGUGCAGCCAUCCACGACCAUUGUCUUGAUUCAAAAUGGCGUGGAAAUUGAGGCGCCGUACCGUACCUACUUCCCACGCACUCCAAUUGUGAGCGCAGUGACAGUGGCAAGCUUGGCCCUCACGCAGCCUUCUUGUGUGGUGCAGUACCGCUGGACACGUAUCAGUUUGGGGCCCUACACCGAUUUGCAGGGGAGCACCGAUACACCAGAGAAGCAUGAACUUUACACGCGCGCCCGGGCAGGCGUGCAGGACUUGGUCGAUCUAUUCACGCGCGGCGGGAUCCGCGAUGCCGAGGCGUACGAUGCGCUGGGCCUGCAAAUGGUCCGCUGGCACAAACUGUGCAUCAAUGCCUCGAUGAACGUGUCGGGUGUCCUGGCUGGCAACCGUGGGAAUGCGGACAUGGUACAGGACCCGCGUCUGCGUGCGCACAUUGAGGCAUGCAUGCACGAAGUCCUUGAUGCCGCGCCCAAGAUCUUUGGACAGCCCCUGCCGGACAAGUUUGCGACUCCUGAGGCGAUUCUACGCAGCACCGAGCGCAACGUUGGUAGUCGCUCGAGCAUGGUCCAGGAUUGGGAGGCAGGACGUGCGUUGGAAUUGGAUGCUAUCAUCGGCAAUGCUAUCCGGAUUGGCGAGAAGCAUGGCGCCUCGAUGCCACGUCUGCAGAGUAUGUACGCCCUACUGCGCAGUGCGCAGGAGCAACGUGAGAAGCACACGUAG